AUGGCACCUCAAAACUACUCACUUACGAAAAGCGUAAAAUUAAAACAACAAGUCAUUCUUGGAUAUCCUGAUACAAAUUAUUCUGGAAUAUGUGUAGUAUCAGGUGUAGAAGAAAGUUUUAUUAUUGAUAAUGAUACUUCAAUUGAAGAAUUACCACCAAUCACUAAACAAACUUAUUUUGUAAAUUCGUUAGUCUCAUUAUUCUGUGAAAAUAAAGUAUCAGAAGUAUUCAUUGUGGCUUCGAUAAAUUUUUCAGAAAAAGAUAAAUUUGUUUAUUUAGGUCGUUUUCCAAAAAUUGAUGAGAUGAAAAUUGAUAAUUCAAAAUUAAAAGGAUUAUCACCAACUCUAAAGUUACAAGAUCAUUUCUUUAAUACACUUAUUACAUUGUUGAAAGUGGAAUAUAUUGCUACAAAAUGUUUUUUGUAUCCUGGAAAAUAUAUUAGAAAAAGAUCUUCUGAAGAAAAUAUUUAUGAGAUUGAAAUAUUAAAAAAUUUGGUUGAAGUAUUAGAUGAAUUUUUGGAUGCAAAAAUUUCAAUGACUAAAGUAUUGGAUACAAGGGAAAAUCAAUUACAAAAGAUAGAAUAUUUAAAAGAAAAUAAUGAAAAUAAUUCAGAUAUUAUGAUUUAUAUGUAA